CAAUAUAAAUACCGCUCUCCAUAGGCUUCUUUUGACACACAGCCAAAAUACAUUCCAUAAUUAAACAAAGUAAAAAGGAGAAAAAAAAAUGGUGAAAUCAAAUGUUUAUAUCACUUCCAUACUUCUCAUACUUCUCAUGGCCAUAGCCAUGGCCUUACUUUCAACUUCUUCCCACGGUCUUUCAAUCGCUGGCCUCAGCCUAGGCCAAGGCCAAAUUUACGGAGUCCUGCGGUGUAACAUUAGCGGAGACCCUAACGCCCCUCCAGUUUCCGGAGCCCCCGUUUACUUAAAAUGUGAUGGCUCAAACACUACCAUCGCUGACGCAGUGACAAAGCCGGACGGUACGUUUAGGGUAUUGCUCAGCGCCGUACAAACGGUUUUGAUUAGCCCUAGUUCCUGCUAUCUAUUAGCUAAUCUUCCAGGGGGGAAUUGCAGUAUUUACGUACCGGACGGUGCCCUCACUGCCACAUUUACACUGCUCCGAAUCAUCCAAACGAAUGCCACAAAUAUCGCUGUUUUUACCGCCGGCCCAUUUGUUGAUGAAAUUGUCUGAUGCGGUCGUCGCUCUCUUACCGUGCCAAAGGGGAUUUUCAUGCAUGCUAUAUAAUAAUGGUCAUACGUUUUACAUUUGAGGUGUCGUAGGGAGAAAUAAGUGAGUUUAUGCUCCACCACAAAGCUUAAUUAUAAGCAGCUCCCUUUUUGUUAAGUUUCCAUGUGUUGAUAAUUAUAAUUAUCAAAUGUAUAAAUAUUACUGGGAAUUUUAUAUAUAGUGUGAGUUCGUCGGUCGCAUGUGGCUACUCAUCAUGUGAUGUGAUAUGCUACGUGCCUACGUACAAACAGUGAAAAUAAAGUCCAAUCUUCCCCC